UCCCAUUCAACCACUACACCACGCCACAGCCAGCAAGUGCUGCGACAGCGAAGCUCGCUAGAGAAGAGGGGAGAGAACAGAUUCGCGGAGUUCACUCCCUUAGACAACUCGCUGUCACUAGGACCCUUGAAACCAGACCCUUACCACGGGCUUUGUUUGUGUGAGACAGAGAGAGAGCAGGAGCCACAGUAAGAAUUCUUAGUCAUCUGCUAAAUAUAACCUCUAGGAAACCCAAUCUUACCUCAUUGUGAGGUGUUUACAUGCUACAGAAAAACAUUCCGAUAUUUUUUACAUGUAACACCUAGGAUUCUUUGAAUAUAGUUGGCAUGCCGCAUACAGACUACUAAUAGUUUAAGAACGUUUAUUCUGAGGCUACUGAUAUAAACUGGUCAAUCGGUAUACCUGUCAGAAAAAUAUUUAGCAAGAGAUUACAAGUAAGCUAGGAAUUCCCGAAUUGACUUGAUCCUUACAGACAUACCACUGGUGUACCUAGCAAUCCACCUCCCUCUCACGCACUCCACCCGCCCACACAUACACACCUAGAACCACCGGCGCGCGCAGCCUUGUUUAGAAAGUCGGUUAAAGUGUCUUUUUUUUAUUUUCUGUGCCUUUGUUCAACUGCUUCUGUAGAACAGCCAUGAUUCUUCUUCUCCUUCCUCUUUUGAUGACUUUGGGAACGACAUGGUCUGUUCCCAACUCCACCACAACAAAACCAGUUCAUCCUCCCACGACCCCUGAGCCUGCUAACGGAUCAGCAGUCACUCCCAAGUGUCCAUCGCCCCUCUGUGACGGGUUCGAAUGUGGGGAGGGGGAGUACUGCAGCACCUCCGGUUUCCUCUCCCCCCGCUGUCGGCCGUGCAGCUUGGUGGCCUACAGCUGCAGCGACAUGGAUGUCGUCCGCACGAAGUUCAAAGGAUGCGAGACUUUCUGCUUCAAUACACAAAAAAGUUCACUCAUUAAAAACUGCUCCAUCGAGAAGGGGAUGUUGUCUGAGGACCUCUCACGGUGUACCUCGAAAGCUUCUAAUGCUAGUUUGGAAAUCACAAGACAACAGAACGAGACUUCAGCACUCAAGCUGAGGAAUCUCUUUCUGGAGAACGCCCUAAAAGAAGCCACAGCUCGAGUGCUGACUCUGACGGACGUUGUUAUUGGCGUCUGUGCUGCAUGUACAGUUAUCCUACUUAUUAUGGCGGUCAUUGUAUGUCUUCUGGUAAAACGAUUAUCAAGUAGAAAGGCUACUUCAUUUCUAAAUGAAGGCGAACGCGGUGAGAAUCAAGGCUACUCAGAUGAACAAUGGAGAAAAGGACAAAACGCGAAAGACAACCUGGACAGCAAACAAGACGCCGACAAGCACCUCGUACCUCCACAAACCCUCCCAAAGAGCGUGGUCGGAGGUAGUCCCACCGAAGAAGCUCUCAGUGGAGACAGCAAUCGGAACCACCUGGCCCCGACCGGCGAUCGCACAGAGCAUGUCCACGGAGAUCAAAACGACUUCCUGUCGAGGACAAUGACGUCAUCGGCACACAACAGAGACACUGACCCGACGGGCGAAGAUUUCAUGACCUCUUCAUCUGACAACGUUUCAAACUCUCGAGACGACCAUGAUCCACAAUGGUCAGGGUACACCUCAACUCAGGAAGAGAGUUUGAAUUCCAACCAGCCUUUGUUACCCAAGACAUAUCUACAUACACAACCUGAACAGGAGCGGCAUAAUUCAGAAUACAAGUAUGGCUCCAACACCCUCUUGAACAAAGUGUACCAAAAGUAAGCAGAAGACAUUUGACUGUUAUUUGGAGAAAGUGACAAAGCAGAUUUUUAUCUCACCUCGAUAUGGGCAGUGUUCUUGCCCCUGUCUACAAAACAGAAUCAGGACACCUGCAGAAUAUUGUCUAAUUCGUCUUAGAGAAUGGAGGACAAGAUGAAAUUGCAAAGUUAGUAUCAGACAGACAUCGAAGAGAGACAAAAAAGUGUACAAAUAAGAAAAAAGUACUAAUUGAGGGAGAGAGAAGGGAAGGAAACAUAUGUAUAUAUACUGGCACACCAAGUCGCAGUGCUGGGUUCUGUCCCUUGCCUCACAAGAUGCUUGGUUCUGGUUUUUGAUUUGGUAUACAAACAAAAACCAAAAACUGGUUACAGGUAGACCAAAAAAGGUUUUAAAACCUGCAAUAUUUAAUUUUUGUUAGUUGAGGUUCAGAACUUAUCUUCCCGAUUUAUGUAUUGAUGUCAUUUUGUGAUAAACGAGUAAUUUACAGAUUGUUUUGCAUUCUGAACCCUACCCUGACUACGUUCUCCACAUUAUCAAAUAAUUAUCACUACUAAUAGCUUUUUGUGCUAUUUUUUCUGCACUAUCCUUUUAAAGGAACUGUUUCGCAGACAUUUUGGAGAAGGAGGGCUUUGUGCGAUGUUUUACUGUUUUGCUGAAUAUUACAUUUCAUUUUCAUCGCAUAUUUAUUAUGUAUGUGCAUAUCAUUCUGCAGUUGUUUCUGCUGGCAAAAUGUUAUAAUCUUUGCAUUUGCAACUAAUGCAUCGGUAGAAGAUCUGCCUCGUGGUGAAAAGAGAUAAAGAAGUUGAUUUGAUGAGGAAGAGAAGCAAGAACAAGAAGACUGUGUACAGAAAACAACCUUACACCUUGUGUGAAUGUGUCAGCUACAUUCCUUUGCUCGCAUAAUCUACCCUAGAGAUAUAGCUUACAAACUAAAUUAAAUUGUAAAUCGUCUUCUUCCCCAACACAUUCAUUGCACUUACAUAUGAUCAGCUAAUCAGUAUAGGCUUCUGGUGUGGAAAGAAAGAACAGAUCUCAUUAAGUCUUCAAGGGUUUACAAUUAGACAGCAUGUGUCAAGCUUUAAAUAUUUUUUAAAAUAAAAUAGCUCCCAUCUGGAGACCUUGAUUUUC